GGGCUUUUUUGAUAGAUGGGGAGGAAAGAAAGGGGAAAAAGGAGGGGCUUAAAGGGGGGAAAGGGGGCGGGGGCUCAGCUCAGCCCGAUCCCUAAACCGCGGCAAAAAGGAGAGAACAGAAGGAAAAGGUGUCCAAAGAGGAAAGGCGUUUGGUGCGCAACCUUAAGGCGACGUGAAGGAUUGUCUCUCUCUCUGUGUGUGUCUCUUGCUCCAUCCCAAGCGGGCCCUUCGAGGACAGAGGAGGAGGAGGAAGCGGAGCUGAAGCGGAUUAAAGUGAAGCCUCCUCCUCCUCUUCUUCUUGCCCUCGCUGACACCGAAGGAGCGCAAAACGGUGAGGAUAUCGAGAGGGUCCAGAGGCGCAACUUAAAGGCUCCUGAAGGCGAGACGCUCUCCAAGCCCAUGCAUCUGCAGCAAGGCGCCCUGGUGAGCAUGACCACCGACGGCGGAGGAGGCAACGGAGGUGGAGGCUUCUCCUUGUCGGGCCAUUUGGUCAGGAGCCCCGGAGGAGGCGGAGGAGGAGGAGGGAACCCCUCAAGGCUUCACAGCAUCGAGGCCAUCCUGGGGUUCCCCAAAGAAGACCCUCUCCUGGGCAGCUUCCAAGGCGGAGAGGCGGCUGGAGGGGGCGGCCGGGCAGGGCAAGAGGCGCCGGGCAAGAUCAGCCCCCGGGAUUGCUUCCCCAAAAUGCCCGCAGAGCAGAUGCCGGGGCAAGAAGCCGAGGGCGGGCCUGAAGAGCACUACGAAGAUCCUUUCUGUCCCAAACGUUCAGAGGACUGCCUGAGUCCAGAGCUGCCCGCUUGCAACAACAGCGAUGGCAAACUUUCUGAUGAAGACCAGCCCAAAAAGAAGCACCGGAGGAAUCGGACCACGUUCACCACCUACCAGUUGCAUGAACUGGAGCGAGCCUUUGAGAAAUCCCAUUACCCUGAUGUCUACAGCCGAGAGGAGCUGGCCAUGAAAGUCAAUCUUCCAGAAGUGAGAGUUCAGGUUUGGUUCCAGAAUCGGAGAGCCAAGUGGAGGAGGCAGGAGAAGCUGGAGGUGACUUCCAUGAAGUUGCAGGAUUCCCCCAUUCUCUCCUUCAACCGCUCCCCACAGCCCUCCACCAUCGGGACCAUUGGCAGCAACUUGCCCCUGGAGUCAUGGCUGAACCCACCCAUGUCCAACAGCAGCCCCCUCCAGACGUUGCCGGGCUUCGUGGCGUCUCCCCAAAGCCUCCCCAGCAGCUACACCCCUCCUCCCUUCCUAAACUCUCCCCCCAUGGGACACACCUUGCAACCCCUGGGAGCCAUGGGGCCGCCACCACCGUAUCAAUGCGGGACCAACUUUGUGGACAAAUUCCCCUUGGAAGAAGUCGACCCUCGGAACACCAGCAUAGCAGCAUUGAGGAUGAAAGCCAAGGAGCACAUCCAGUCCAUUGGGAAACCAUGGCAGACAAUAUGAGAAGGAAACACUUCUGUGUGCGCUAUGGAGGACUUGUCUACACCAUCCUUGCAAAGUGAACUCAUUCCUCAAACAGAUAGGUCAGGACUGUUACUGUCAAGAGCCAUCUACUGCAUAGAAGUGACCUGAAGACUAAAGAAGAGAGCUAGAGCAAGUUAUUUUGGGACUACAAAUCCCAGACUCCUCCAGCAAUGGGCCUAGUUGGUUCAGGAUUCCUGGAGUUGUAGUACAAACGAAAUACCGUCUCUGAGCUCUUCUACAGAGAAGCCAUGCUAUCCCUCAAUUCUCCACAAUUUUGUGUUCUUUCUUUUCCCCAUCCUCGGCCAAGAUUUAGGGCUUGAUUCUAGUUUUGUUUAUUUGUUGUAUUUCCUAAACGAUCUAACCAUUUGAUAUCCCUGACUUUAUUGGCUGGAUUACAGUAGAGGCAAAGAACAUUGUUGUACUCUUUCUAGGGGUAUUUGUAACAUUAAAGCACAAAUAUUUUCAGAGUGUAA